ACAGGUACUAUAUUCACAUUCCUCUGGCUUUAAAGGAAAACAGAAAAGCAGCAAGGCACACAUCUCAUUUUUAGUCCUCCCCCUUCAACUCCUAUAACCCUGCGACCAAUGAGGAACUCUCAGCCUGGGAUGUUAGGAUCCAUGCCAGCAAGUUCGGUGCCGACAGGGAAAACACGUUAAGAGCAGAUCAGAGUCAGGACCACUGUGUCCCGCUGAACUCCUGUGAAUGACGGACACUAAUCUCUCCAGAGUCCAACACGGCUGUCUGGAAUGAUGGGUGACGUUCAGUUUGUUACGGGAUCUCAUGUCUCCAAGACGACUCUGACACUGGGACGAGGUUCCCCCAGCAAAGAGCCCCCUGUUUUUACCCUCCCGCCACGUAAUACCCGCGUCUGCCAAAGGGGUACCGCACGCCUUGAAGGGAAGGUGCGUGGUUUUCCAGAGCCCCAGGUUUGCUGGUUUAGGAAUGGGAAGCUACUGAUAGCAGGAGAUCGUUAUUCUAUGGAACAAAGUGCUCGUGGAAGCUUUAGUCUGGUGGUCCAGGAAGUCCAGGAUGACGAUGGAGGACGGUACACCUGUGAAGCCGUCAAUGAUGCUGGGAGCUGCCAGGUCACAGUGGAAAUCAUUGUGGAAGGAAAUGCAGGGAAAAAAUACAGUCUUCCUUCCUCCAACAGAGCAGGUGGAUCUCUGGGUGUUCCUGCGGUAGAGAACAGACCCAGUAUCUGGGGUGAAAGCCCCCCAAAGUUUGUGACCAAACCUUCUCGCCUGUAUCUCAAAGUGGGACAGAGCGGCAAAUUCUCAGCCAAGAUCACAGGACGACCCCAGCCACUGGUGCAGUGGUAUAAGGGAGAAGAGAAGAUCCAGCAGUCAGAUCACUUUAACAUGUUUGAGAGGUCAGGAAUGCAUUUCCUGGAGAUACGCCAGAUGUGCUCAGAGGACGCUGGUGUCUACACUUGUCUGGUGGCCAACAGUGCUGGGAAAGCCUCUGCAGCCGCUGAACUCAUAGCUCAAGAUGGAGAAGCUGAAACAGUCACUAUGCCCAGGCCAUCUCAAGAUCUCUCUUCACAGUCUGUGGUCAAGCACAGCACCAACGGUCUGGACACUGAACAGAAAGCUUCUAGCACAUCCGUCCAAGCUGCAACCGCAGAGACACGCGCACCGCUGUCCACUUCUACUGUAGCCAGUGUUCAUUCUGUGACCAGAACAGAGGCACCAAAAAUAACACCAUCACCGUCCUCACAACCUAUCAGCACAGAUGAAAGAUCAGCAGCUGGUCAAAAGACAUCAAAGUCUGUGAAUGAAAGAAGUCGAAACGUUGUGAAGAAAGAGUCGCAUGGCAUCAGAAGAGCUUGGGAUUCGUUCAGAGCUCCAGAAGAGGUUCCUGAAGCAUCACAACGGGAGUCCAGCAGAGACUCAACCAAAGAGAGCAAAACAGACUUUCUAGAAACUCCACCCAGUUUUGAAUCCCAGCCUGAGAGCCAAGAGGUUGUGCAGGGUGAUAAGGUCACAUUCAGAUGCCAAGUGUCUGGGUCUCCAGUGCCGACAGUGAGCUGGGUGAAGGAUGGAGCUCCUCUCAGACAGAGAUCAGGCGUCAGCACGCGACAGGAGGGCAGUCUGCACGUCCUGUGUCUGGAGAGCGCUCACAUAACUGACACGGGACAGUACGGCUGCACUGCUGCCAACACAAGAGGAAAGACUGAGGCCCACUGGAGCCUGACUGUCAAACGUGUGAGGGUGGAGGCGAAGCCCCCCGUGUUCACCUCUCCUCUGAAGGAUUGUUCAGUGUUAGAGGGGCAGGACUUCAUGCUGCAAUGCUCAGUGGAGGGCAAACCACUGCCUGAGCUCACCUGGCUACACAACGAUCAGCCCGUUCCAUAUUCCCACACUGUGUUUGAGAAGAGCACGGCUCUGCUGACGGUUAAGGCAGCUGUUCUGGAGGAUGCAGGCGUGUAUUCGUGUGUCGCAGUGAAUGAUCAGGGCAGAGCUGUGUGUACAGCUCAUGUGCUGGUUAAAGCCAAACCAGGUGUUAAGAGGUCUGCUGCUCCUCCUGUGACUGAUGUGAGGAGGCCGUCUGCCCCGGUGUUCCUCAGAGGUCUACAGGAUCUCAGAGUCAUGGACGGCUGUCAGGUCACAAUGACCGUGGAAGUGACAGGAAAUCCUGCCCCUGAGGUGGUCUGGCUGCAGAAUGGAAAAGAGAUCCAAGAGUCUGAGGAUUUCCAUUUUGAGAGGAAGGGCUGUCAGUAUACUCUCUUCAUACAGGAAGUGUUUCCUGAGGACACAGGGACUUACACCUGUGAGGUGUGGAAUGAUGCCGGAGUCGCUCGAACCGAAGCCUCACUCACGGUACAAGAGCCUCAAGAUGGAGUUCAGCCCUGGUUCAUCACUAAAACCAAGUCCACUGCCGCCUCCCUGGGUCAACACGCUCUGCUGUCCUGUGCGAUCGCUGGUGACCCCUUCCCAGAAUUCCUCUGGAUGAAGGAUGGGCAGGUAAUAUCUGGAGGUGGAGACUUUGAGAUCCUACAGAAGGAAGACGUCGUCUCAUUGCUCAUCAGGAAAGUGAAGACACAUCAUGCUGGAAACUACGAGAUUCAUCUCAAGAAUAAAGUAGGAGAGUGCAGGUCAGUGGCAGCUCUGCACGUCAGCGAGGAGGACCCCCUGUCAUCUGGUGAUGAUUCUCAUAAACGCCGAGGGGUGGAGAGGACUGCGGCAGGCAGGGGAGGACAGCCGGAGACUCCCAGCGCUGCAGUGUCGCUCUCUGAGCCACUCUGGGAACACAACAGUCAGGAUCAGGAAGAAGAGGAGGGCUGUGCCACCCGUGGGCUUCUCAAACGGCGCGUGGAGACAAAGGAGCACCGGGAAGACCAGAUCCGACAGCAGGAGGCCGAACAGAUUGACUUCAGAACUGUGCUCGGCCGCAAGGUCACCACUAAGAGCAUCUCUGAGGAAGACCUGAAGGAGAUCACGGCCGAGCAGAUGGACUUCAGGGGGAACCUCCAACGGCAGAUCAAGCCCAAGACCCAGACAGAAGAGGAACGCAAAGUCAACUCUCCACAGCAAGUGGACUUCAGAGCAGUGCUGGGAAAGAAGGGAAGCCAAGGCCCAAAACCCGGUCUCGGAUCCUUAGUGAAAACAAAUGCCAACAAAACUGAAGCAGUUGACUUCAGAUCUGUGUUAGGCAACAAGAAAAAACAACCAAGCCAGGACAGAAAUGGAGAAAGCCAAGGCAAUAAAGACACCCGAGGAAAGAAAAUUGAUGUGAAUUGUGUGGAUGGAGGGACAAAAGAAAAAACAAAAGCAGCUGGAAAGAAAGAGCCCGUUUUUACGCAGAAACUGAGUGAUGUGAUGGUAUUGGAUGGGGAACGUUUGCAUCUGCAGUGCCAGCUUACCUCUGAGUCUCCUGCUAAAGUGACAUGGACGCUUGAUGGAAAACUCAUCAAACCAUCCAAAUUCAUCGUCAUUGCUAACGAGGGUGGUAAGUGCUCUCUGAGCAUUGAUAAAGCUCUGCCAGAGGAUGAAGGACAGUAUGUAUGCAGGGCGGAGACUAACGAGGGCAAGACAGAGUGUUCCUGUAUGGUCCUAGUGGAUGAUCCCAGUGUUUCCACACCAGCUGAUAAGCGGAGCAGGAAGCCAUCUACCCCAACCACAGAGAAUGAGGCCAAAAUAAAGAAACCCCCACCAAAAACGCUUCUUAAACAAGGUGCUCCUCCUCAGAUCCAGCAGUUUCCUGACGAUAUGAAGAUCCUGGCGGGUCAGGAGGUCAGUCUGCUGUGUAAGUUCACUGGAGCUCAGCCCAUCAGCUGCACCUGGCUCAAGUUCCGCAAACCAAUUCAGGAAGGUCAGGGCAUCUCGAUAGUGAGCACAGACAGCAAUAAUGGGCCACAAUACAUGUCAACUGAAUUUCAGCAGUUCAGUAGACGCUGGGAGUCUCAGCAUAAAACAUCAUCACCCACUCAUCCACAAAGUAAUGGGAAGGUGGAGUCUGCUGUCAAGACAGCAAAACGUCUGAUGCAGUGA